CUCACGCUCACAACUCUUAACAUCUAUCCUGCCAUGCACCAUCCACCACAUAUUUGCUUGUCUCAUAUCUAUCUCCAACCCCUCCCCUCUCCCCUUAUAUAAUCUGCCACUGCCAAGCUGAAGCUGUUCAAACCAAACCACACGUACGUUUACGUUUGUAUAGAAGACAUCCUGCAAACUGAAGACCAAGAUUGCGUUGUUUUUUCUAAUUUGCAUUGUUCAUCCGUCUGGUAUUGGAAAUGGGCAUGGCCACGUUAAGGCGCUCAAACUCAAAGGUCCAGUCGUGGCGGCGGUGCUCGAAGCAGUACAUCAGAGAGCAGAGGGCUCGGCUCUACCUCAUUUGUAGGUGCACAGUCAUGCUCCUCUUCUGGCGAGACUAAUGACGCGCUCUGAGCUUCAUGGUCGUACAGAUACGAUCGAAUGGCUGAUUCGAGUCCUGCUGGCUAGCUCCUCUCCCAGACUCCCAGCGACUAAUUGCCGGUGGGUUGGUUUGGGAAUGAUCCCAUGCUGGAGUGGUUCCAUCCGGGGAACGAGGUCUUUGCUUAUCAGUCGAUGCAGGACCGUUAAACAUCGCCUUCAUCAAUUAGGAUACAUGAAAUAGUAUAGGAUUCUGGAUGACCGUAUGUCCUCUCUAAAGUUAUAUAGGUGAUUAAUGUUGUACAGAUACUGUGUAUAGAGUAGUGUAGUUUCGACCUGAGCAAUUAAAUGUAUUAUUAUGUAAUCCAUCAUAUUUUGGCUAGGGAACGAACUUCUAGAUCUUAUUGAAGGUACGAUGCCUUUAACCAGAUCCAUUAAAUAAAGUCAUGAACUUUAAAUUGUCGAAAGACAUA